AUGCUUUUCCUGGCUCUUGCCAUCCUCACAACAUGGCAGUGUUCGGCAGCAAGUCCAGCCGAAGCCGAACUUUACAGAUAUCUCCUGAAAAACUACAGUGCCUUGGUCAGACCCGUUCGGAAUCCAAAAUCGGUGUUAACCGUGACUAUGAAAGUCUUUCUGCAACAAAUUCUCAACGUCGAUGAACAAAAUCAGGUGAUCGAAGUGAACGCCUGGCUCAAAUAUAUUUGGCACGACUACAGAUUACAGUGGAGACCGCCUUUGUAUGAUAACAUUUCAUCCAUUCGUUUUCCGGGAGAGGACCAACAACUUUGGCAGCCAGAUAUCCUGCUUUACAAUAGGCAUUUCACUUUCAGCGCAAAUGACCGUUUUGACUCGGCCUAUAAAAGCAACUUGGUCGUCUACAGUAAUGGCGAAGUGAACUGGAUCCCGCCCGGAAUUUUCAGAAUUACUUGCAAAAUGGACAUUACGAUGUUUCCAUUCGAUGAGCAGAUUUGCUUCCUGAAAUUUGGUUCGUGGACUUAUCAUGGCUUAGCGCUUGAUCUACGCGUUGAAGAGCAGGAAGAAGGCGGUGAGCUAUCGAUGGACUUGUCCACUUACAUACCAAAUGGAGAAUGGCAACUGCUAAGCGCUCCUGCCAUUAGAGAAGUGACCUAUUAUCAGUGCUGCCCUGAACCUUACCCUACACUCAAAUUCUACAUGCAUCUCAAGAGAAAAGCUCUCUAUCACAUGUUCAACAUAAUCACUCCGUCAUUGCUCAUUUCUGGAAUGACGCUACUUGGAUUUUGCCUCCCUUCUCACGAUAUGAGCGAAAAAAUCGGGUUUCAGACAACCAUUCUUCUAUCAGUCUGCUUCUUCCUGACUAUUCUGUCGGAGAUGACACCUACUACAUCUGAGUCCAUCCCAUUAUUAGGUAUCUUCUUCUCUUCGGUGACUCUGAUCGUUGCCAUGUCGACAACAUUCACAGUCUGCGUGCUGAACAUCCGAUACAGACAACAUGCGAACCAUAAAAUGUCACCAUUGAUUCGCUACGUCUUUGUGGAAUUGAUACCUUGGCUGCUGUUCAUAAGACGACCUGGCUUCAAAUUUUCUGCUGCCAAAGCUGUAGAAGUGCGUGUCUUGAAAAGUCCACAUUGCGUCCAGUGCGCGUCGCAGGACGGGGAUAUGUUCUCGAGUUGCGACGACUUCAGUCGAGAUGGCUCUCUUCUUUGCCCCGCUCUAAUGGCAAACGGCGGAGAGAAAUUGGAACUUUCGCGAAAAGUUGGAGAUGGACUUUUCGUUACGCGGAAAUGUGCGAGUACGAGGAAGCGGAGAAUGGAGCGCUGUGAGCGAUACGUAAGCAAAUGCAAAGCAAUGGUGACAGACGCAAGUGCUGAUGCGCAAGUUUCCCUACAGACGCUCGACAUCUAUCUCGCAAUAUCACGUCGCCUCCGUUGCUUGCGAGAACAGCUCGACGAUGACACUUCAGAUCGUGAAACUAUGGAAGAGUGGAAGUUUGCUGCAUUGGUUCUUGAUCGUCUCUGCCUCUACAUGUUCGCCUUGCUCUUUACAGUUUGCACGAUCGCAGUUUUCUUCAUCGAGCCUGUCAGAAGAAAAAAGCUUUUACCCUCAUAG